AGGUCAGAAAGUGUACUGCGUGGAAAGUGGAAAUUCUGUUGACACAAACAUCUUCCAGCAGAUAGAGACGCUCUCUCAGCAGCUCUGAAAACAACCAUUAAAGAGUUAAAUGAUGGAGAGUGCUGGUUUUAAUCAUUCUCUUCUGGUCAAAAAACAGGUACUGGAGGUAUGACUCAGACACUGUCAAAUGAUUAAUCACCUCCUUAGCCUUGUCUCUUUCACCUACCAGAAGAUUACAUUAUAUUGAUAGGUCUGUUUUUUAAGGGUAAGAAAAGUAAAGCCUUUUGGCAGUGAAUUCCGAGCACCCUUGUUUUGAGUCCAUUCCUCGGCUUCAAAACGGACAAAAGGAUUAGGUUUCUACCAGCUACAGCACUCCCUCGGCCGCUUUUGUUGUACUUUAACAAAACCAAGCCUCUGUUCUCUGGCUUCACUAUGUAGGCCAGAGGCUGGACAAAGCAAAGGUAGCUGUAAUAGAGCAGGGGUUCCCAGGUGAGCAGCGGUAGAGAGAUUUCAUGCCCAUCUAGUUGAGUUAUUAUCAUGUUAAUAUGGAGAGCUGAAACAGGUAGAUGAUUCAUGAAUUUGUUGAGUGACAGGAAGUGAAUGGGCAACUAAUUUGAUGAUUAAUAAUUUAAGUCAUCAAGCAAAAACGGCAGCCAAUCUCUGGUUUCAGAAUCUCAAAUGUGAGGAUUCACAGUUUUUCUUUUUAAUAUCACAGUUAAGUGAAUAUUUGGGAGUGUUGGACGAAACAAUCAAUCUGAAGACGUCACUUGGGUUUUAAGGAGCUGUGAUAGACAUUUUCACUGUUCUAUAUCUUACAUUUCAUAGAUUAAACAAUAAAAUAAAAAUAAAAAAAAAUAUAUAAAAAUAACCCAAUAAAAAAAAAUGAAAAAUAUAUAUACAUAUAGAUAAUAGAAAAAUAAAAUAACUUAGAUUCACCAUUACUUACUGCAUUAUUCUAAGUAAACCUCAUUAAAUUGCCACGAACUGACUCUAGAUCUCUGGGUAAAUAAUUAGGCUGCCAUGUUUGCUGGUGGUCUGUGCUUUAAGAGAACUUAAGGGUACACUCUAUGCAAAGGAAAAGGGGGGCAGGGUGUCAAUAAGGGGCCCAACAGGUUAAUCAGGUAAUGCUAAAACCAUCUGAACACACUUUGACCAGGCAGCCUCCUGUUUACCCAGCAGACAUGCCGAGUGUCCGUGUCGUCUUUGCAAUGCAACACUGCCAUCUAUGGAUAAGGGUUACAUUCCGCCGCUCACUGUUUAUCCUGCAUCACGUUGCCGCCUGUGUGCGUCCAGACGCAGUCGCCUGGACGCGCCUGUCAUCUGGAGGAAACUCCUCCCCGCAGACAGCGCGUCCUGUCGCCUUUCCAGCGCAAUGGUCUCCUGGAUCAUCUCUAGACUUGUGGUACUCGUGUUCGGUACACUAUAUCCUGCAUACUCAUCUUAUAAAGCUGUGAAGUCGAAAGAUGUGAAAGAAUAUGUAAAAUGGAUGAUGUACUGGAUCAUAUUUGCCCUGUUCACUGCUGUGGAAGUGUUUACAGAUAUGUUUCUUUGCUGGAUUCCUUUCUACUAUGAACUGAAGAUAGCCUUUGUGGUGUGGCUGCUGUCCCCUUACACUAAAGGCUCCAGUGUGCUAUACAGGAAGUUUGUUCAUCCCACGCUUUCCUCAAAAGAAAAGGACAUUGAUGAGUAUAUCUGCCAAGCAAAGGACAAAAGCUAUGACACACUGGUACAUUUUGGGAGAAAAGGGCUGAAUGUUGCCGCCACAGCUGCAGUCAUGGCUGCAACAAAGAGCCAAGGGGUCCUGUCAGACAGGCUGAGGAGUUUCAGCAUGCAGGAUCUGUCUUCCUAUCAGUCUGACCCCGAUAACACCGCCCCUGGCACUACACAACCUGCAGCAGCACAGCAUCGGACCCGAUCUAUGAUGCGCAGCAAGUCGGAGAGCUACAACAAGGGACAGGAUUUUGACAUGACUGAGUAUGAGGUGUUGGGGUUGGACCGCUGGGACUCCAAGGAGUUGCCGUCCCAGACCAUUUCACCCUCUGAGUCUGAGUCCGCACCCGUUACGCCCUCACUGACACCCAAGUCCUCCCCACCCCCCACACCCUCUCCACCCCCCUCUCCUCCUCCAGUGCCGGAGCAGGCUGAGGAGGUGGGCAAAGGGGUGCAGGAAGCAUCAAGCUCUCCACAGCUCAGGCUGAUUAAGAGGAAGGCUCCUGAGCCUCCUCUUAAAGUCUUAAGGCCUCUCACAAGAUCCAGGAGUGCUCUUUCUUCAAACAAUGAAGCCAUGUGAAACUGUCCUAAAGACUCCUCCAGCUGCCUUUGCUGCAAGAAGUGAAAACACUGAAUGGCCAAAAGCUACAUGACUGAAGCAGCCUUGCUUUGGAAUAAGGUAUUACCAAAGUGACCUAUGAUGACCCCUCUAUAUAUACACAGUAUCUCAUGGCUCAUGAUUUAAAAACAGUGAGGUUUGUGACACUGAGAUAGUACAAAUGAAUGAAUGGGCUCCAUGCUGAUAGACACAUUGAGUUAGUGGAUUAUUGAAUAUGUAUUUAUGUACAGUUUGUGUGUUCUUCAUCAUUCUGAUUUGAUUGUUUUUAUAUAUCAGGUUGGGGUAGGCAAUCGCAUGCGUGUCUUCCCAGUCAUUAGUCCACUGUUAUUCAACAGAAUGUACUGUCACUGUCACUGUUAGAGAAUGUGUGAAAAGCCAAGGAUCAAAAGAAAAGGCGUUGCUGUUUUUACCCCCAUUUAAUCUCCUCUGGAGAAAUAUCUGUGAGUAGCUGAAUCUGCACUGAUUAUCAUAUUAAGGUAUUCAGAAAUCACCUAAAAACAUAUUCUUAGAUGAGACAACCUGCCUUUUGUGAUCAUGAAGAGUCAGACAGCAGUGGCAGACAAUAUUCUGUUAUUUACCUCUCUAUUAAAGCCUUAAAGAAAGACAUAGCAGAAAUCUAAAAUGUCUCCACACAUAAGAAUUUAUUACACAAAUAUGUUCUCAUUAAACAAUCAUUUUGCACUAUGUUUAGAAUAUGAAAUUACUGCCCUCAGUACUCUGAAAUGGCCAAAAAUCAGAUUAAAUUAGUAGCUGAAUAUUAUCAACUAUAAUAACUUUAUUGUUAUUGCUCUGUUCUUCUGUGGUAAAGAAAUAAUUACUUGUGUGACAAGUCAUAGCUUUCGCAACACAGAAAAAUGAAAUCACUACUGCAAGAGUUUUCCUCAAUGGAGCAGACUGUUUUUGACAAUCUACUGUUCAGUUUGUGAGCAUGUUUUGUCAUUUAAUUGACAAUUUAUUUGGCAAUUUGAGGCCGAUCAGGCACAACAUUAAAACCACUGACAGGUGAAGUGAAUAGCAGUUAUCAUCUCAUUACAAUGCAAUGUUGUGCUGGGAAACUGAGUCCUGGUGUUCAUGUGGAUGCAACUUGACAUUCACAACUCACCCAAACACCGUUGCAGAUGAAGUAUACUCCCACAUGGCAAUGCCAAACGCAGAUGGCAGUGCUGAAGGAAUGUGACAAAGAGCUCGAGGCGUCGACCUAGCCUUCAGAUUCCCCAGAUCCUGACCUGAUCGAGCACUCAAGGGACAUGCCAGUGCUCCAGAGGUCCUAUGUCCAUGCCUCGAUAGGUCAGAGCCAAGUCUGAUCCACUGUGGGACCUCUGACCAGUCGGGACAUGGUCUGAUCCCUUGAGUCCUGUGGGUUGCCAGGUGGGGUACCGGCAUAUCCCACAGAUGAUCGAUCAGACUGGGAUCUGGGGAAUUUGAAAGCUAGGUUGAUGCCUUGAGCUCUUUGUCACAUCCCUCGGGUCAUUCCUGAGCAAUGUUUGCAGUGUGGCAUGACACACUGUCCUGCUGGGGGUCACUGCCAUUGGGGGGUAAAGUUUCCUUGACAGGGUACACUUGGUCUGCACUGGUGUUUCGGUGUAUGUCAAGUUGCAUCCGCUUGAAUGCCAGGACCCAAGGUUUCCCAGCAGAACAUUGCACCGUGACAAAAUAACUAAUGUUAUUCACUUCACCUGUCAGUGGUUUUAAUGUUGCGGCUGAUCGGUGUAUGUUACUUUUCAGCUGUAGCAGAGAUAGACUAUAACAUGAAUAAAUACUUACUGUAUCUAAACAUGGUUCUUUUUCCAUGUUUGAAAUCACUGUGUAGUGCUCUGCUGUUAACUGAGCAACACUAAACCCAACGAUCUUACCUUCUACUUUUUUUUAGGAAUUCAUUAGAGGGAGUUUGUCGGUUUGCAGGUUUACAAACUUAAAUCUAAGUUAAUAUUGCAUGGUGAUACACUGUAUGUUUCCAUCCUGUACUUAAUUCACUGAGCCUGAAUCAUAGCGACAUUUUACACAAAGUAUCACUGUGUUGGUUGUUGACAGGUGGACUCCUGCUGUAGACUUAUAAUUUCCAUCACUGUAUCUGUAUCAUUUAGGGUGGUCUGAAGUUUGAAACAAAAGCUUCUCAGGUACAACUGUUCUGUUUACACGUCCAUCACUCUGAUGUUGUAGAUACACUUGUUAUGCACAUGAAAUGUCCUUUUACUGGAUAAAUGGUGAGAAAAAAAAGAAACAGGAAAAAUCAGAGUAUGUGUGUUCAGCGUUAGUAGUAUCAGUGUUAGUGCUGGAGGUGAUUUCCUUCUGUUAAAAUUCAUGCAAAGUAAAAUGGAGAAAAAAAAACAUGUUGCUAAGUAGCAGAUUUGUAUACUUGUGCGUAGACUGAUGAACUCAUCAUUGCAUGAUGUUUGUUAUGAUUUGUAUGAAAAUUGGAUUUCUUGAAUGAUUUUGUUCGGAUGCCUUGCUGGUAAACGAUGAAUUAUGUUGUCAUUUUUUUGUUGCUUUGUAGAAAGAAUAUGAAAUGUUAUCCAUGUUGGCUUUAAAUAUAUAUAUAUAAAUAAUGUCUUAUUUACAGAUAAAUUAACCACUUUGACUUUAUUCAUGACUAAAAACCACUUAAAUUAUCCUAAGCAAUUUUGUUCUGGCAGGCCAGAAUGUCAAAUUACUUAAAUUUCAACCUGAACAAAAAGCAAAAAGCAGUGAAAUGAUGACAUGAUGGUCCAUGGCUGUCAAUUUAUCGUUCUACUAGGUUAAAUAUUUCUGUUUAAAUCGAUUUACAGCCAUUAAAUAUGAAGCAAAACUUUGUGUG